AUCCAUAGCAGUUUCAAGGCCACAGCUGCCGGCCUCCCCUGUACCAAACAGUCCCUUGCACCCUGUCAAACAAUUGACUGACUGCUGGGGGAGCAGCACAGUAAAACUGAAAACCUGACUCUAGCGAAACUAUUUACGCUGGCUAAAACUGAGAGCAAUUGAAUGUUUAAAUGUGUAAACGAUUCUUUCUCCCCGUCUAUAACGACCCUGAACUGCAUUGUCCUUGCCGCAUGGUGUUCUUCUAGCAGAUUUCUCAUGAAAUAGAUUGCUGACCAAGUGAAAUGGCCCCAACAAUUGUUCUAACGAAUAUGCCUGAGGUAGGCAGCCCCUAACAAUGAGAAACGUCCCAGAAAUUUAGGAGAGAGCACUUUGGCAGAUUUCUAUGAAUGUGUGCAACAUCAGAAGGGCAGGGAAAGGAGAGCGAAUUCAUUUAGUACAAACCUUCUGUGGUAAAGUAUGUCCUUAUCAAGAAGCAGGGGAUCCUUUGUGGAACAUGAAUCCUCAACUUCUACUGAGGAAAGGUCAGUGCCCAUCAGCCACAGGCUUAGUAUUAGCAGAGGAGGAAGUCUUUUAAGACCAUCUGCUGCUUACGUAGGUAUUGUACCUAUGGAAAGUGUGAGCAGCCUGGGCACCCGGAUAUCCCGCAGAGCUCUGGGGAUAAGCAGUGUCUUCUUACAAGGUCUUCAUAGUUCUUGUACAACCAUACCACUAUCCCAAGGACUGGAAAAGGAACGAAGCCUAUCUUAUGAGAAUAUGAACAGAUGCUUGGUGGAUUACAUUGAAAAGGUGAAAACUUUGGAACAGGUCAACCAGGAACUUGAAGGACAUAUCCGUGCUUACCUGAACAAGAAAUCUUCCAGUGACAGUAAAUGGGGAUCUCUGAGGGAGAGCUGGGCAGCCAUUUACCAUCAAGUUGGGGACGCAGUCCUGGAAAAUGCCCGCCUCAUGUUGCAAACAGAGAAUAUUCAAGCAUGUGCUGAAGAUGUUAAAGACAGGUAUGAAAAUGAGCAACCAUUCCGAAAGGCAGUGGAAGAUGAAAUUAACUCUCUCUAUAAAGUAAUCGAUCAUGCCAAUUUUACUAAAGUAGACCUGGAGAAUCAGAUAGAAAACAUGAAGAAAGAACUAGCUGUAUUGUCAAAGAAUCAUGAAGAGGAUAUCAAAAUGCUUUACAAACAGCUUGCUUUAUCACCACUGGAAGAGUCAGAAACCCCCAUUGGAACUAGCCUGGAUGACAUUUUGAAGAAAAUCCAGAUUCACUGGGAGAAAAGUAUUGAACAAAACCAUGCUGAGGCUGGCAUCUUACCCCAUGCUAAGCAAUCCACAGAAACAGUGCCUGCUGUACAAACGCAAGAGGCAGAGCUGGCUGAGUCCCUAAGGGCAGAGUUUCAUGAAACAGCUUGCAAAAUUCAAAGCCUGCAAGUAGAGACUGAAUCACUGAAAACACUGAAGAGAGGCUUAGAAAACUCUCUUUAUGAUGCCAAGCACUGGCAUGAUAUAGAGCUUCAGAAUUUGGGCUCUGUCAUUGCCAAACUGGAAACAGAAGCAAGAGAAAUCCAAGUAGAAACUGAGCAGCAGCAAAGAAAUCAUGGGACUUUACUGUCCAUUAAAACACAACUUGAGACAGACAUUGCUGCGUAUCACUGCCUUCUAGAGAAAGCAAGCAGCUGAUCUCUUUGUCAUCAGAAGACAGCUAUUGUCAUUCAAAGGAAAAGAUCUUAUUGGCAAGUGUUCAUGGAAAACAUGACAAUAAAGUCUUAUUCAACUUGAUUUGGCAACCUAAGCAGGCCAGUUUGCCCAAUUAUACUAAGCACCCUACAUGAUUGCUUUGCAUAAAAAGUAUCAUAAUUAAUAGAAUAAAAUAUCAGGUUCAA